AUGGCUCACCUUAGUGCUGAUGAUUUAUUUUGUAUUUUAUCCUUUCUCCAACCUCAACAAGUACUCGCUUCUUGUUGCCUCGUGAAUCGAUUUUGGAAUUCAGUGGCUUCAUGUAAUGCUCUUUGGAAAAAGCUGUGCGACGAUUUUUUCAUGAUGGAUGAAUGGUGGGAUGAAUAUUCGAGUCGUGCUGUGGAUGAAAUCGAUGCUUCUUCAGAGCAUGAUCAUCAAUAUCAUUAUCGUCGUAUUUUUAGAAAUUUAAUGAUGAAUAUUCCAAUGUAUCAAUAUUAUCAAUCGGUUGUGGAAAGAGAUGAUCAAUGGGAAGAAGAUUUAGAGGAAGUGACAAGUUUUAAAAUUUGUCAUGAUGAAUAUUUAUGGAAUCCAUGUGGUAAUGAUGCCAAUAUCGAUCGUGGUGCUCUUAUGAAAACAAAGAUUGCAAAGUUAGCGACCAUACUUACUAUUUUAAGUAAUAAUGAAUAUGCACCAAAUCCAUGGAAUGACAAGAUUGUACUUUGUAAAAGUAAUUCUCGUUAUGAAAUUGUACAUGCUCGUAUCAUUCCAUUAGCUACUUUUUGUGCAUGUAUUUUAAAUAACAAGAUGGACCUGUUACACACACUAUUAUUGGACACAGAAAUGUCAAAUGAAUAUUUGGCAAUUUCACCUUUUAUUGAAUAUAAUUCAAUAUAUGAAUCAGAGGAAUGCAACAACGACAAUGACAAAUACAAAGAAGAAGAACAUUACAAGAAAUAUCCAUCGAAUGAAGAACAAGAGGAAAAUUUUCACCACACGGAUUUGUCACUUGUGAAACCAUUUUGUUAUUUUGAAAAGAUGGAUGACAGUUAUUAUUAUUCCAGAGAUGAACAUUGUUGGGUUGAUUCAAAAAGUGAUGCUUGUAUCGAUCGAUUUAAUUGGAUUCCUGUUGUUUUCAAUGCUGGAGCUGCUCAUUAUGAAUAUCGAUUUAGGGCUGUCUUUGAUUGUGCAAAAAAGGAAUUGCAUGUGAAAAAGUAUUUUUAUUUAGACUAUUAA